GAAAGUGUAAGGGAUGAAGGGACAGAGAAAGAGAAAAAGGAAAUGGGAAAGAAGAUAAGAAAGGGUGAGAAAAGGGAAGAGAGUGAAAAAGAGAGAAGAGAUAGAAAGAAAGAUAGAAGAA